AUGCGGUACCAAACUGACGAAGACGAAACAUUGCCCAUAUUAUGGAGUUUGCGCUCGGCUGUAGAAUUGCAUAAUUCCAGAAGAUCCGAUAGUAAUAUGUCAUCCAUCGCGCCUGAAGACCGACCGUUCAUAUUCCGCGUCAACGAUAACGGCACUGGCCCAGUUCUGCUCAUACAGGUGUGUCAAGAACGUGGCUGGAAAGAAUACGAUGGUACUAAGAGCGGAGACUCCGCGUGGUCGGUGCCGGCGGACGAGUAUUGGAACCUGUGGUGGAAAUCGACUGGAUUCUCAUUGUCACACUAUAAACAGCAGAAAAUAUGGCAGUUCAACAACCACAUACCCAGUGGAUCAGCAUUAUGCCGGAAGGACAACUUGUGGCGGUAUUUGAAAUGCAUGAAGAAUAUAUUCGGCACUUCACUGUUCGGAUUCAGCCCAGACUCUUACAACCUACCGCUAGAGUAUACAAAGUUAGCUGCCGAAUGUAGUCAUGACACUGACGUCGGCGAGAAGUCGAUUUGGAUAUGCAAACCGGUUGGUCAAAGUCAAGGAAAAGGCAUAUCUUUGAUUUCGCAAAUCGGCGAGCUCGUUUAUGACACCAACAUCGUGGUCCAGAGGUACGUGAAGAAUCCUAUGCUCAUCGGCGGAUACAAAUACGAUCUGCGGUUGUACGUGCUGGUGCCGUCUUUCCAUCCACUCACAAUAUACGUCUACAGGGAGGGACUGACCCGGUUCAGUACCGACAAGUAUUCACUGAAUAACCUGGACAACCACUUUGCGCACCUGACCAACAGUUCGAUCAACAAGUUGGGUCCGAACUAUUCGGAAACCAAAGAGAAAAUCGGACUCGGAUGCAAGUGGACGCUCCAACAGCUCCGACAGCAUAUACGCCAGGCCGGAGUCAACGAUUGGCUGUUGUGGCAAAAGAUAUCAGUUCUCGUCAGCCUUACGUUGGCCAGCCAAUGCACAGGCAUACCGAGCACGUCAAAUUGUUUCGAGUUGUACGGUUUUGACAUACUGGUCGAUUCUGAUUUAAAGCCCUGGCUUCUAGAGGUGAACCUCAGUCCGGCGCUGGGCAACGAUUGCGACGUGGACAAUCGGGUGAAAAGGCCGCUGUUGCACGACAUGUUCGACCUGCUCGGGCUGCCGAUGUGCAACACCGGUUUGUCGCUGUUCCGGAUGGCGUGCCGGUCGGCGUCGGGUCCACGGUUCGGCGACGGACGGCCGACCGCGUUGGCCGCCGCGGCCACGGAAAAGUGGAAGUCGAAACGCAAGACGAACAACAACAACGCCGCCGCCAACAACAACAACAACAAUGUUGUCAACAACAUCAACGCUUCGAAGAAGGACUGCACGGCGCCAUUGACGUCGACGGCGCAGUCACAGUCGUCCGCGCGUCAAUCGACGCUGUACGGUCCGGGCAAGCAGCGCGGAGCUACCACGGCGCAGCGCGGCCACCGCCGACCUGUGCAACUCUCCGUUUUCGUCGCCGGUGUGGGGCAACGGUCGGGACUGGAGCAGGCCCGCCGAUUCGGAGGGCGACUGGGUCCGGGUAUUCCCGUUCGUGCCGUCGCCUCGGCAAUUGCCCCGGACCGGCGUCCGGCCGUCGCAGCAGCAGCAGUUCGCCCGCAGGCCUGCGUCGUCGUCGCCGUCCGAGACGGGCACGGCCCGCGCCACCAUCAAGACCAUUCAAGAGUACCUGAAGUGUUGCAAGAAGGUGGCCAGGUCCUGCGAGGGUCUGUCCGUUGUGCCGGACGACGAGCUCAACGACAAACUCAGAGACCUAUUCCCGGCCGCGACGAUGACGUGGCUGCCACCCCACUGAAAGACUUUAUUUUGAUUGUAAUUCGUUAG